GUAGAAAUACCCUCGCAAACGAGUUCAACAUAGUCAAAGAUAUCUGAAACUGUUAUCAUUUUUUACAAUUCUAUUCUGCACAAAUAAUUUUGACCAAAUAAUUUUUAAACGAUGGGAAACUAUGUAAUCCAUUCUUGAUAAAAUUGUGGUACUUAAGCCGUGUGGAUCAUCGCCAAUUUGAUGUGGAUAAAUAGAGUUGCACGGUAAAUUAUCGGAAUUGAAUUUUCGAUAAUUAGGGAUAGAUUUUAAAAAUGUGUUUGAGAUGUAGAAGAAGAGUACCUUGAGCCUGAAACUAAUACCUUAAAUAUAGCAUGUGAUGAGAUGUAGAAGAAGAUCCCACUUUUUUCUAAAAAGAGGAAAGCAGUUGCUGCUAUAAAACCUGAGACUUGAGAAGUAACAUUCAUAACCGCCUUCAUCCUUAGCUAAAUCCCAGCCGAAAUUUUUGCCUGCAGACAUAAUGGGACAAAUCUUGCAGCACCAACUUCCAAUUACUCUCUCUCUCAACGCAUUCUUAUGUACAGUCAUGAUCACCAACUCACACACUUGCUUCCAUGUAAAGAAAACCUACUUUCAUCACUGCAAAUUUCUCAACAUCAUACAGCAAACGAAACAAAAAUGUCCAGUGAUCAAUAUGCUAAUGAAGCUAGCACAUCAAGAAGCAAGAAGCAGUUGGUACAGCUGAGGAGUGCCUCAGCUUCAAAUCCAGCGGACUGCAGAGGAAAAGCUGAAAUCAAACAGCUCGAGGGAAGAUUGAAGGUUCUUGAAGAAGAGGCACAAAUCUUGAAGGUGGCUCUGCUGGAGAGCAUGGAAGAAAGUAGAACGCUAAUUACUGACAUACAUCUGCAUUUUCACACCAUACAAAGUCGCCUAUUGCAACAACAAGCAGAGAGAGGAGAAUCAUAUAGCCAUAGCAUUCAGAUAGUGAAGGAAAGACGACCAGGUCUACUGCAGAUCCUAUACCAAGAAUCAAAUCCAUCAAUUGUCAACAACCAAAGCAGUAUUACAAGAUUCAACCUAAGUUGAUUUCGAGAGUCUAGGACUAGUUCUAUUUCGUUGGUUUGCUUUACACUUCAUGUAAACAGUUUAUUGUUUCCAGACAUUAUACGGCCAUGUAGUGAGAGCAACAUUUUACUGAAAUAAAUUCUGGAAACGAGUACAAGUUGUGAAGCAAUUCUUUCUUUCAAUGACUUUUCCAACUGC